UUUUGGAGACAUAUCACACAUGUACUUUUGGGAUAACAUUAAAAAUUUAGAUAUUCAAUUAUUCAAGUAUUUAUUAAAUACAAAUGGGGAGACAUACUGUAUCUUUUGUCAGUUUUUAGAAACAAUGAUUUCAUUCAUAUGUUAUUUCUUCUGAUUAUUAAUUAUGUUUGCGCAUAAUUUUACUGUUUGUAAAUAUGUUUUGUAUUUACUGUGCCACAUCUGAAAUCAUGGUCAUGAUGUAUCUAUCGAUGGGUGUAAAGUGUUUUAGUUCAAUGAUUUAUUAUUAGGCUUAUUAUUUAACAAGGAUGAACGAGGAAAAAGUUCCUUUAAUAGAAUUCCCUAUGAAAAGUUAUGAAUAUACUUUAGGGAAUAUAUCAGCAUCCCAAGAUAAUUAUGAAUAUUGGAGUCCACCUUUACCAACUGCCAUAGACAUGUAUUGGCAAUUAAAUUUCAUGAGCAGAUUUGAAAAUAAUACAAAGUAUUGUGUGUUGGGUGUAUACGCAAUACCGAAUGAAAAGGAAUUGAAAGAUGAUUUAACUUGGUCAUCUCGUAGAGCAUUCCAUAUAUAUAUUUAUAUUCGAACUGAAGAAAAAUUUUUAAGGAAGGAUCAUACACCAACCAAAUUGUUUAAUAACUCAAGAAAAUUUAUUACAGGAUUAAAUACAAUAUUUGAAAAGUCAAAGUUACCAGAGAAAUUUAUAAUUGGUAUCGAAUUUAAAAGAUCUGAAAGUUAUAGAUUUUUAAACCUUUCACCCAAUGUCAACCAAAAUUUAAUUGAAGCAUGGACGGAGCUUUAUAAUAUUGAAGAGGAUUCCUCUAUUAAAUUCAUAAUCAAUGAAGUUUCAGAUCGAUCGUCCAAAAACAAGCCAAAAGAACGACAAAAAGUCCAUCAACAAACAAAAAUCGUAGAAACAACUAUCAACAAGUCAUUUCUUGAUAAAAGAUCAUCAUAUUUUGAUUUUUCAUCAAUAUUUACAAUUGAAGAAUCCAUGAUAACUUUAAACGUUAUUUUUACAGAAGCUUUCUUGGAAUUUAUUAGAUAUAUUUAUACUGAUCAAAUCUGUUUUUUGAUUAAUGUUUAUGAUGAAGAUUCUAUCAAUCUUACGAAUAAACUAUUUGAUAUUGCAGAUGAUUAGAUGAUUAUGAAGCUAAUGAAUUAAAAGAUAGAAUCGGAGAUUUUACCGAGGGAUAUUUAAAUAAAAUUCAUAUACUGUUUAUGUAUAUGUACCGUAUAUAUAAUUUAUGGAUUAUAUGGUUGCUAAUUAAUGUGAUAUAUUAUAACAAGUAAAGUUUAUAAUAAAAAAAAAAAAAAUUAUUGCUAUAAUAAACAAAAA